CCGCGCGCCUUCUGUGUGCGUGAGUGAGAGUGAGGGACCGCGGGGAGGGGGAGUGCCAGCUUGUUUGUGCAGUUUGAGUGUGCCGGGGUGAGAGAGGAAGGCAGAGAGCCGACAGUAGGGACGGAGCGCAGAAGCGAGCGCAGUUUUCUCUCCCAGGCUUUCGCACAAACCUCACAUAGUAUGCGUAAAGAUUCGAGUGCGGACCAGCACUAGACCAGAAGCUACCUCCAUCUUGCCUGCAGUGUGGUGCAGUUUUCCAUGACAAUCCUGGGAGGGCGAUAAAAGAGAACACACUGAAAAACCACGCCAGAGGGCAGCUGAACUCCUCCACGACCCCAUGAGUUUGGUUUGGCCUGCCAGGACCACCUGAGACUAGUGGUGAGCUAGUCGCAGCACCCUCGGCUGUACCCAGCAUCUCCCGUUCCCGUCUUCUUCUUCCUCUGCCUAUUCCCAUCAUCUUCUGCCUCGUCUUUCCUGCUUCUCGUGGGAAUCAAACGUCGUGAUGUCUCUCUCCGCCUCUCCUGCCCCCUUCCUCCUCUUCUUCCUCUUCCUCCUUCCACUGCCACCCUGCCAGCCAGAGUCCCAGCGCAGUGACCCCAGCAUGAACCCUGACCCAAGAACAGCCUUGCCCUCCAUAUUUCCCUCCUCCUCCGUCCUGCCUUCCUUAUCUAAUGAUAAUAGUACAUCACCCAGCAUUGGGGAUAAGUGUGAUGAGGUGACCGUGUGCAAGCCGGGCAUCCUGUUACCUGUCUGGUACCCCGAAAACCCUGGAGUCGGUUACCAGGUGGCCAGAGCUGUGGUCUACUUCCUGUCACUCAUGUACAUGUUCCUGGGAGUGUCCAUCAUUGCUGACCGCUUCAUGGCAUCCAUAGAGGUCAUCACAUCUCAGGAGAAGGAGGUGACCAUCACUAUGCCUAACGGGGAAACGUCAGUGAUGACGGUUCGAAUCUGGAAUGAAACAGUGUCCAAUCUGACGCUCAUGGCUCUGGGCUCCAGCGCUCCAGAGAUACUGCUCUCUGUUAUAGAGGUGUGUGGUCACGAAUUCAAGGCUGGCCAGUUGGGUCCAGGAACCAUCGUCGGCAGUGCUGCCUUCAACAUGUUUGUGAUCAUCGGGAUCUGCGUGUGGGUGAUCCCCAACGGCCAGAGCCGGAAGAUCAAACAUCUGCGGGUGUUCUUCAUCACCGCGUUCUGGAGCAUCUUCGCCUACAUCUGGCUCUACCUUAUCCUGUCUAUCAUAUCACCGGGUGUCGUGGAGGUGUGGGAGGCCCUGGUCACCCUGCUCUUCUUCCCUGUCUGCGUCAUCCUGGCUUGGAUCGCUGAUCGGCGCCUGCUCUUCUACAAAUACAUGGGCAAGCGUUACCGAGCCGACAAGCGCCAUGGCAUCGUUGUCGAGACUGAAGGGGAUUUGACACCCAACAAAGGCGGCAUGGAGAUGAUCAUAGAUGGCAAGUUCCCAGCGCGAGGGGGCACUGUGGUUCCUGCUGAAAACUGUGGGGGCGGCACUCAGGACGGGACCACAGGCGCCACAGCCAACAACAUUGGAGCGGCAGCAGGAGCCGUGGGAACAGGAGGGGGAGCCAAUCUGCCCCACUCCACCAGCGCUACAGUCAAUGUGGAAAGCAGCAAGGAGCUGGAUGAGAGCCGCAAGGAGGUGAUUCGUAUCUUGAAGGAGUUGAAGCAGAAAUAUCCUGAUAAAGAGCUGGACCAGCUGGUGGAGCUGGCCAACUACUACGCCUUGCUGCACCAGCAGAAGAGCCGAGCUUUUUACCGCAUUCAGGCAACUCGUAUGAUGAUCGGAGCUGGAAACGUCCUGAAGAAGCAUGCAGCGGACCACGCGCGGCGCACAGCCGUAGCUGACGAGGAGGCCCCAGAAGACGACGACAUGGCUGUGUGCAGCCGCAUCUCAUUUGAGAGUCCUCACAGUCAGUGCAUGGAGAACUGCGGCGUCCUGAUGCUGGCUGUGGCGUGUCAAGGUGGUCUGGGAGAGAAUACUUUCUAUGUGGACUACAGAACAGAAGAUGGUUCAGCCAACGCUGGAUCAGAUUACGAAUACACCGAAGGAACGCUGGUGUUCAAGCCUGGAGAGACUUGCAAAGAGAUCAAGAUUGGCAUAAUCGAUGAUGACAUAUUUGAAGAGGACGAGCACUUCUUUGUCCGCCUGUUGAAUUUGCGUGUUGGUGAUGCAGAGGGGAUGUUUGAAAGCGACGAAGUGGGUGCCGCACCCAAAGCUCGCUUAGUUGAGCCCCUGGUGGCCACGGUGACUAUCCUGGAUGACGACCAUGCUGGCAUCUUCACGUUUAGCGAACGAAUGGUACGGGUGAGUGAGAGCGUGGGCACAAUGGAGUUGACGGUGGUGCGCAACUCAGGCGCCCGUGGCACAGUCAUCCUGCCGUACCACACCGAGUCAGGCACCGCCAAGGCUGGAGAAGACUUCGAGGAAGCCCGAGGAGAGCUGGAGUUCACCAACGACCAGACCAGUCAGACUCUCCAGGUGAGGAUAAUUGAUGAUGAAGAAUAUGAAAAACAUGAAAACUUCUUCAUCGUGCUGGAGGAGCCGCGCUGGCUGAAGAGAGGAAUCUCAGCUCUGCUGCUCAACCAAGAGGGGACAGAGGGGCAGAUGACUGCUGAGGAGGAGGAGGCUCGGAGGAUAGCAGAGAUGGGGAAGCCCAUCCUGGGAGAGCACAGCCGUCUGGAGGUGGUCAUUGAAGAGUCGUAUGAGUUCAAGAGCACUGUUGACAAGCUCAUUAAGAAGACCAACUUGGCGCUGGUUAUCGGCACACACUCCUGGAGGGAACAGUUUGUGGAGGCGGUCACUGUCAGUGCAGGUGAUGGCGAUGAUGACGAGGAGGAAGGUCGUGAGGAGCGCCUUCCAUCUUGUUAUGACUACGUCAUGCAUUUCCUCACUGUCUUCUGGAAGGUUCUGUUCGCCUGCGUCCCGCCAACAGAGUACUGGAACGGCUGGGCCUGCUUCUUCGUGUCCAUCAGCGUCAUCGGCCUCCUCACCGCCAUCAUCGGGGAUUUGGCAUCACAUUUCGGCUGCACUGUGGGGCUGCGGGACACCGUGACCGCCGUGGUGUUUGUGGCGCUGGGAACUUCCAUUCCAGACACCUUUGCUAGCAAAGUGGCUGCCAUACAGGACCAGCAUGCGGACGCAUCGGUUGGAAAUGUCACUGGCAGCAACGCAGUUAACGUGUUCCUGGGGAUCGGAGUGGCGUGGUCAGUGGCUGCCGUGUACUGGAGAAUCAAAGGAAAGGAGUUCCAGGUGGAUCCUGGAUCACUGGCGUUCUCCGUCACGCUCUUCACCAUCUUCGCGUUCAUCUGCAUGUCCGUGCUAUUGUUCAGACGCCGGCCCUCCAUCGGCGGAGAGCUCGGCGGCCCGAAGGGGUCCCGCCUCCUGACCACCCUCCUGUUCCUGGGUCUGUGGUUCCUCUACAUCCUCUUCUCCAGCCUGGAGGCCUACUGUCACAUCAACGGCUUUUAAAGAGGAGAUGAAGAAUGUUCCAGAAGAAUUUUGCACAGCAGCACACACAAAAUCUUUGACUGUCAGUCCAUUCGGUCCACGGUUUAACACGAAACAAGUGUAAGAUUCAUCUGGUUAAUAGGGCUUCAGAUACAUGUUCACAAACACACAAACACUACAUUUAAGCAUGUGUAAACAGCGCAUUUCAAACACACUCAUUGUUACUUGAAAGAUGAGGGUUAAGAGGAAGUAUUUUUGGAGGGUGAGAGCGUGAAAACGAAAGGUUACUGCAGAUAGUUAACGGGGAGCAGACGGAGAGUGACAGAGAAUGACUGUGACGGGAGAUUCAGAGGUAAAAAGAAGGUCAGGUCAGUCAGAGGAUGCUUUAUUCACGUUAAAGCCAGGUGUGUAUUUAUUUAUUUUUGAGUUGAGUUGAGUUGAGUUGAGGAGCUCACUUGCAGGAUCAGACCACUGAGAUGGAUCACAAUCCUGUGAGCAUAGAAGGAAAAAUACUUUUGUUUUCCUUUAGUCUCUCAUUCAGUCCACCAACUCUGCAGCUUCAUGUUUCUUCACUGAGGAAGUGGAGGAGCACUGCAUCAAAUAAGGAGUCAAAUGUUUACAACAACAUUACAUUUGUUUACUACAAGAGAUUCUUAUAUAGUGGUGAUGCUUGUCUAAUACACAGUAUAGCUGAAGGUGGCUCUCCACACGCGCUGUAAAUAGUACAAAUAUAGAGUGCAGUAAUUUCACAGGGCAGGCUGCCACACAAAAGGAUGCAGAGGCAGAAACGCAGGUUUCUACUGUCGUUGUCAGCAAAGCUUAGAUGAUUUUCGAAUUCAUGCACAGACUGGAACACUGGUAGUUGCAAAGAUUACAAAUGUCAGCGGUUUUAGUUUUAGCGACAUGCUAAGUGGAAAAUAAAAGUUUUAGCAACCAAAACAAGCAAAUAGGAAGCUGCAUAAGUGUAACACUGACUAAAAGAACAUCCGUGUACCACUCGCUUUACCAGACCACAGCCCCUCUGACAGGGGCUUGCAUAUAAAGCUGAAGGAUUAUUUUUUGCAUGUAUAGCCAUGUACAGAGCAUCUUCACAUUAUAUGUCAUGUACAUGCUAUGAAAAAGGGAAUAACCAGCCUGAUUAUCCACCUGUAAAUUACAUCCCUGUGUUUUUGUGUCGACUCGGUGAACAGAAACUGUCAGCUAGUCCUUGAUGUUAAAUCUUCCUGUAUAAAACAGAAGAAGCCGUUUGGUCCAGGAGGAACAAAAAGGACAUUUUCAUCUCCUGAAGGACCAAAUAUGCGCUCUCACACUCCCGAUGUGUGCAGUGUCAUUUAAAAACUUUGUCUGAGGCAGUCAGAUGGGCUGAUGAGCUGCAGUCAGCCAUCACUGUGUUACUGUUAGUGGCAGACUCGUCCAUUCCUUUAUCGUAAGCAACAGCAGCAUGGGCAGACAACAGGACUCAACAGUGUUAGUUUACUCUCAAAAAUAAAGUCUCUAAAGUUGCUGACUGCGAUCAUCAACAUCCGGUCUGCAGCAUUUGUUAGGAAAAAGCUAAUAAUCUACACAUUAAUUAGGCUGCAGGACUGUAGUCUACAGCACACUGAUGCUUUAAGAUAGCAAACAAAAAAUGCCUUAAGGGAAGCUCAAGUAAAAAAAUCUAGUAUUCAAGAUUUCUGCUGUACAAACUGCCCAGGCUGCACUUUAUUUAACAUAACUAAAACACUGUGUUGUGCUUAUCUUUUCCUCCAUCAUUCUAUAAGUGGUUACUGUGCAAUAUACGAAGGGAGAACUGUCUCGAGUUUCCACUGGUUCGGCUAACACCAGAUCCAGGUGGACCCAUCAUGUUGUCCCGUGCAAUGUAAUUCAUCGCCUCUCCUUCACCAGAGGGUCUACUUCAAAUGAGGAUGUCUACACGGGAGUGGCAUAGUGCCACAGCAGAGACUGGUUUCUAUGGGAAAUGCAUUAGGAAACACGGCUCUGCAAGGCAUGCAUGUGUUGCUCAGUAUUGCAUGGCAGACUUGGAACAAAUGUUCACAAGCUACUGAAGAAAUUGGCUGCUAAAUACACCAUAAAACACUGGACGGUGUGCGAACACGCUCUGAUUUGUUUCGACAUUUCCACGCUGGCAUUUCAGAGCUACUAUGUUCAGCACUGAGAUGCAUGAAGCAGGAAAGCCAGCAUGUGAAAAAUGUCACAACAAACAGCAGUAAGAUUGUCUUAUAAUAAUAAUAAUGACUAAAAGCUUCAAUUAUUAUUAUUAUUAGUAUUGUAACUGCCUAAUUUCAGUCCUAUUAAAUAUAUUUCUUUGAGGACAUUGCAUUUUAAACCUCUCACCCACAGAUGAUAAGUGCUAUACAAGUGGAACUCUUCAUUAUUGUUGUUAAACAUGACAAUUUGAAAAGGAUUCGAUUGGUUAACCCUGACUAACUUUGUAAACUUUCUAAAAUCCAGUUUUGUAUCUUUUUCCUUGCAGAUGUAGCCAAGGUAGAUUUUUUUGUAUUUCUAAACGACAUUUAGGAUAGUUUCAGUGUAUAAAGCUGGUAUGUAGACUACAUGGUGUCUGAAUUUAGUGGAUUAGACUUUGAUAUAUUUUCCACAGAGAGGAAUCUCCCCUUUAACGGUGUAGUAGUGCAUCAUAACCAAACUUUAAAGCAUCUAAUUUACUGAAAUACACGGUCCGCUAACUCAUUUGUGUCUUUGUUUUUCAUGUAUAGUAGAUAAUUUAUAUAUUUAUUUAUUUAUUUAUAGAAGAUUAUUUCUCUAAGCAUAAGAUGUGCUGCAGGUCCUUGAGGAGAACAGUUUGGAGUUUAUUCAUGGAAUUAAGUUUCAAUGUGCAAUACGAGAAAAGGUUCAGCUGCAGCUUACUUUGUUCGAGCUCGGUCCGUGUCUUUUUUUCCUGCCGCAGUGUUUGUUGUAACCCUCCGCCAGUGUACACUUCUUCAUGUUGUCCUUGUGACGGAGGAACUUUGAGUGUAAGUAGCAUGUUUACAUAAAGAAACAGUGUGGAACAUUGCCAGUAUAAUUGUCAGUCUCAGGCUGUUGUGAGCUAAAGUUUUGUAGAUAUUAGCUGUGGCUGUGAGGCAGGUUUGUUGUGUGUGAGGUUCAAACAAUCCCCUGAACAGUACUCACUCAAACCACCAGGUGGGACCAACAUUAGAUAUGAAACACACACACGCACACAUGCAGAGGUCUGCUGAACUCUUGUGUAAUGACCAGCACCAGCAGGAACAGAGCGAAUCACCUCCACAAUGUGUGCAUUUGUGACCUCGGUGUGGCCCAGGAGCCAAAAACAGAACUGUCUACAAUGUCCGGACAAUGUUCCAUGUUUCCACAAACUUCUGUACUAACUGUCGGCCUUUGGUCUUCGCUGUUCUGUAGCUAGAUGUAAUGCCCCCACCCCCGGCUCUUAUCAGCCUCCCCUCCUUACCUGCCCCUCCCCAGUGUGCAUCCAUGUUUACAUCCCCUCCUGUGUUCCCCUGCACAUGCAUGACGAAGAAGCCCGGUGUACGUGCGUUAUAGCAGCAUGGUCUACUGUGAUGGAUGCCUGUCGGUCAUUCUGUCAGAUCGAUUCCCCUUGUGAAAUAAAGUGAGCAAGUGUGACACGCACAACCACUGCUCGGUUCAGACAGACUGAACAGAAACACAAACAAGCACCAUUCCUGGAGUCAGAGUCUCCUCCUCACCUGUUUCUGUAGAAGCUGUGAAAAGAGAUCCUGCUGUGCUGGGUCCAGGCUACAUCCCAGGUCAUCUUUUUGUUUGUUGCUGUAUGAUAUUUCAGUGUCUGUGUUCGUGUUCAGCCUCCUCUCCUCCCCUCCCGGGUCUUGCUCUCUUCAGUGUGUCUCUCUGUGAAGUCGUUUCCUGUGAUGAUGAAAAUUUCUCUCUGCCUGAAUCUUUGUAGGGAAAUAAUGACUGAAAUUAUUACGAUGUCAUGUGAUAGACAUAAACAUUUAUUCGAUACUGUAAUAAAUUAACUAAAGAUGAUAUUUAAGUUUUUUUAUGAAAUGCAACAAAAAAAAUCGUAGAAAAAAACUCGGUUUUGAAUCAUGGCAUGAGGUGUAACGUGUUCCUGAAAGAAAACGAAGGUCUUUAAUCAAGUGAAGUUGACCUUAUUUAAAUAUAGUUUAUUUAUUUUCAAGGUU